GUCACGUGAUUCACCGGAUUUAAACGUCAGACUCGGGAAGGCGAAAGCAGUUUAAGAAAGGUGCACGUGUAGUGUAAUUGUUAUUUGGUACACUGGACAACAGGAAGUGAUGUGGUGUGUGCUGUUGCUGGUAUCUGGGCUGCUGUCAAUCAGCUCGGCCCGGCCCCGCCUACCUCCGCUCUCCCAUGAGAUGGUAAACUACAUCAACGAGGCCAACACUACAUGGAAGGCUGGCCACAACUUUCAUAAUGUGGACUACAGCUAUGUCAUGAAGCUGUGUGGCACCCUGCUCAAAGGACCCAAACUCUCCACCAUCGUGCAGUAUACAGCGGACAUGGAGCUGCCUAAAAACUUUGACCCCAGACUGCAGUGGCCCAACUGCCCCACUCUGAAGGAGGUCAGGGACCAGGGCUCCUGUGGCAGCUGCUGGGCAUUUGGUGCUGCGGAGGCCAUCUCAGACCGCGUGUGUAUCCACAGCAACGCCAAAGUCAGCGUGGAGAUCUCCUCUGAAGACCUGCUCAGCUGUUGUGAAAGUUGUGGCAUGGGAUGUAAUGGUGGUUACCCUUCUGCUGCGUGGGACUUCUGGACUAAAGAGGGGCUGGUCUCUGGAGGACUCUAUGACUCUAACAUUGGUUGCAGGCCCUACUCCAUCCCUCCCUGUGAGCACCAUGUCAACGGCACACGACCCCCCUGUAAAGGAGAGGAGGGUGACACCCCACAAUGUACCAACCAGUGUGAGCCGGGAUACACACCUGGCUACAAGCAGGACAAGCACUUCGGUAAGCGUUCGUAUAGUGUGCCCUCUGACGAGAAGGAGAUCAUGAAGGAGCUCUACAAGAAUGGGCCUGUAGAGGGUGCUUUCACUGUCUAUGAAGACUUCCUGCUCUACAAGUCUGGUGUGUACCGGCAUGUCUCUGGUAGUGCAGUAGGAGGCCAUGCCAUUAAGGUCCUAGGCUGGGGAGAGGAGGGGGGAACUCCUUACUGGCUGGCUGCUAACUCCUGGAACACUGACUGGGGAGAUAAUGGUUUCUUCAAGAUCGUGCGAGGUGAGGACCACUGUGGCAUCGAGUCCGAGAUGGUGGCUGGCAUCCCUUUGUAACCAUGUUAACGGGAUGUGAUGAGGCGGCUGCAGAUGCGCCGGUUUCCUGUCCACUAGACGGAGACCCGGCAACUCUGUAGUUCCCAAAUAAUUUAAGAGAAGGAAACUCCACCCUAUCAGAGGGAAAGAUGGAGCUACUACCAUAUUGCUCAUACCUGUCCUAUUCUGAUUUGCUUCAGAUCUAAGUAGAGUGUAAGAGUAGUGGCUAGGGUUCUAUUUGGACCAUGGCUUAGUCUAUUUUUAGUUCAAUGUUUCACUUUUUUUGAACUACAGUCCAGAACACUACUAAUGUCUGUGGUACAGUGUUACCUAUGGCUAAUGUUACAUGUAUGACCAGCUGUCUCGGGGUGGCUCUGGGUCAAUGUCACACCGGGUGUCUCUAGUGGCUUCCUCUUGUAUCUGACAACACAGACCAUUGAGACCGUCCCCAGUGAGUGAGUAGGAUGUUGCCAGUGAUGGCAAGGUCACUAGCUAUGCUAAAAUACUUAUGUCCCAGUAUGCAUUUAUUUAAUUAUGCUUUUAAAGUGUUAAAACCCCUUUAAAAAAAAUAUAUAUUUUUCAUUCGACGUGAUCAGUUGUGCACAUUUUGUUAACUUGGAUCAUUGAGAAAUGGAUGAAUUUUUUUUGUACUGAUGGGUUGUGAUUUCAAUGAUUUUUCUAAUGGUUCUCUCCUUACUCUGAUCAAAAGUGUUCUGAGAUGCUUGUUUGAGUUAUGCUGAAUGAUGAAAUAUGAUGAAAUAAAAGUUGACAUGUUUGA